UUAAAGAAUGGAUUCUUGGAUUAUGUUUAGUCGUAUUUUUCUCUGGAUAAUUAGGGUUUAACAAGAUUAGGAUUCAGGAUUUGUUCUUCCUCUUCGUUUCCCUUCAUCGCUGCUCUUUUCCUACUUAAUAAUUGCAUUAUCUUUAUGCAGUUGCAAUAAAAUUGUAAAAAUUGUUCUGUUUUUUUUUGGGGACUUUUCUUUCAAUUCAUUUUAAGAGAUUCUAACCUACCUGCUAAAGUUUGGGCCUUUUGCUUUUCCCCCUUUCGUUUUAGUUGUCAUUCUCAUUCCCCGUUCGCAUUCAUUUUCUUAACUUUCUUUCUUCACCUCAUCUAAUUUUAUGGUUUUCUAAUCAAUUGAUUCGCUUCCUUGAGAAAAAAGGAUUGCUCAACUGUUAAUUCACAACUGUUUUGUCCUUUUUUUCAUGUUCACACGCACACAAAGUUAAAUAUAAUAUGGAUGUGUAGGAGGAGUUGAUUAGAUUCAAGAUUUGAAAUGGAGAGGGUGAAAAUUUCAAAUUAGGGUUUGUAGAUGCUUGUUUUUGGUUACUAAUUGUUCUAUCAACAAAUGGAAGAAAACAAGGAAGGAUCCACAAAAUUGAAAGCCCAGGAUGAGACUAGGAACCGACCCUCCAUUUUUGUCAUUGGAUGUCCCAACGUCGGCAAGCGCACCCUGAUCUCCCGGCUUGCUUCUGUGGAGUUCGAAGAAGAAGAUAGCUCCCAAGUGGUAGUCCAUGGCUGGACUAUCAAUACGAAAUACUACACUGCUGAUGUUUCUCUGUGUAUGGCUCAUCUUCAAGAUGGAUUUUCAGCUCAAACCCUCCCUAUAUUUAACCAUUCAACCGCCUUGGUCAUGGUUUUUGAUAUGUCUCAUCUGUCAACUUUUUCUGCUCUUCAGGAUUGGAUAUCUUACACUGAUAUCCAAAACUUGGAGAUUUUAAUCUGCAUCGGAAACAAAGUUGAUCGAGUUCCAGGUCAUCCUGUCCAUGCUGAAUACGCAAAACGCAUACACAAACUUGAUGAUUCCUCUACUCAUCCUUCAUCUGACUUCACUCGAUAUGGAAUUUCUGAAGCUGAAAGAAGCAGUCUAUUGGAAAAUGAAGACCCAUCUUCCGACAUUCGCAGGAAAUGCUUGGAGUGGUGUAUUGACCACAACAUUGAGUUCAUCGAAGCUUGUGCUUUGAAUGCUGAUUUUGACAAAUGUUUGUCAGUUGAUGGAGAUUUACAAGGAGUUGAACGUCUUUAUGGUGCUAUUUCUGCUCAUAUGUGGCCUGGAAUGGUUCUGAAAUCUGGUGAUAUGAUAACUGAACCUUCGCUACCUGAGAAAGAAGAUUCAUCAGAGGAAGAGCCUGAUUAUCAGUUUGAAUAUGAAGUGUUAUCUGCGGGUUCAGCUGAACCAGGGAAUGGCAUUGUUGAAGAAUGGAUUUCUGCAAGUCCGGCUAACACAUUCCUGGAUAUAGGGAAAUCAGUUGAUGCGGGAAAUUCUGAUUCAGAUUGUGUUCAAGGAAACAUAACCAGAUGUGAAAAGGAAGAGUCACAUACCUUUCCGACAGGUUCUGCUUUAGGGGAGAAAAUUGACAGAAUGGAACCCAAUGCUGAAGAACCAGGUCGAGCUUCAGCUUCAGAAGUAGAUGAUGGCCCCCAUUAUGAAUUUGAGGAUUUGGAACAGUUGAUGUCGGAGAUUGGGAACAUUCGCAGCAACUUGAGGUUAAUGCCUGACUUUCAAAGGAGGGAGAUGGCUGCCAAGCUGGCUAUUAAAAUGGCUGCCAUGUUUGGAGGUGACAGUGAUGAUGAAGAGGAGAUAUGAGUUACUACUGGGACAUAAGAACUUUUAUAUUGUUCAGAAUUUUGGAAGUUAUUGACAUGUAGCUGAAAUACAAAGUUAACUAAAAAAGGAGCCUUCAUUGAAAAUGUAUGCUUAAUUGUAGGUAAAUAGAGAUUUUUAGUGCAGAGAAUGAAGAUCUGAGUUUUGGCAAUUUGACUAGUUUAAUCGGGGCAAGGCAGGGCAUGAUGUUGGGAAUUCUUUUGAAGUUGAGGCAUGACGGAUACAGUAGGUGGGAUAGGGUGGUUGUGUUGCGGCGUGAUAUCCGAAAAUUGACUGCCUCUUUCUAUUUGCCUAGUUGAUGACAAUUACUUUUGAAAUUUGUUGAUGAGAUAAUUUCAAAGAUGAUCACUGCAUUGUCCUAGUAAUGUAUUUAUGAAUAAAUGUAUGAAUGUAAAUCAUUAGUUUAAUCAA